AUGAGUUCCGGGUCGGCGGUGACGGCGGGCGGCAGCGCCGGCGCGGAGGGCGCGGCGCUGGGGCAGAAGCUGAUGGUGCACGUGGCGGAGAACGGCCACAGCAUGGAGUUCGAGUGCGGGGGCGGCACGCGGGUCGAGGCCAUCCAGCGCGCCAUCGAGCACGUCUGCGGCGUCCCGCCCGCCGACCAGCUCCUCCUCUGCGGCAACAUCCCCCUCGACGGCGCCAACCACCUCGCCCACUACAACCUCCCCCGCGACGACCGCGAGGUCUUCCUCUACAACAAGGCUCGCCUCCAUGCCGACGCGCCGCCACCGGCGCCGGAGUCUAUCGACAUCCCUGAGCCAUCGAUUCCGCCGCCGCCCCGGCCGCAGGACACCGCACUGGAGGUGUCUGCUGACCCGGCCUUGAAGGCGCUGGUGUCUUACGAAGUCAGGUUCAGGUAUGACUUCCAGGUGGCCAACGCGCUGUACCAAUCUAGCGUGGCCAAGUACGAGGUGUGCAGGAGGCUGCUGCGGGAGUGGCAGGUGCAGGAGCGUGCUCUGGACAUGGCUAGGAGCAACCUGGAGCAAGCAUUCCGCAAGCCCUCAAUGCGCUAUUCAAAUUUCAUGCGGUCCUUUGCUCAGCAGCACCGUGGAUACGACGAAGUUCUGUCAACCUUCGAGAGAGAUGUGCAGAGGUUGCGUGCUAUUAAGUUGCAUCCACACCUUCAGUGUGAGGGCAGACGGUGCUUGCUGGACCUUAUGGAUGAGAAUAGAUUGAGGAAGCUGGCAGAUGAGUACUUAAGCUCACAGAGGGGUUUUGAGGAUUUUGUCUCGCCGCUGAAGGCAAAAUUUCAGGAGUUAAAGAGGAGGGUGGAGAGCUUGUUGAACUCUAUGAGCUCGAGUGCAUGGAAGGAUCUGGAGGCACUGAUAAAGGAGCAUCAUAGAGUCAUCGGUGACCAGAAGAGCAUCAUGCAGUCUCUAAGUAAAGACGUGGAUACAUCAAAGAAGCUUGUUGAUGAAUGCUCAAGGAGCCAGCUGUCCGCUUCUGUCCGACCUCAUGAUGCAGUUUCAGCAGUUGGUCGUAUCUAUGAGGUACAUGAAAAGGAUAAUUUGCCCAGCGUACGUAAGUUUGAUCGCAUGCUUACAAACUUGCUUCAGAAAUGCAAGACCAAGAAAAACGAAACAAAUACUCUAGUACAUGUUUGCGUGAAAGGGGUCAAAUCUGCUCAAAUUGAUAUCAAGGACAUGAUGAUGAGUCAGUUCAUUUUAUACGAAGAGGCAAUAGAUAGUCGAGACAAAGAAUUUUCUUAUCUGAAACUACUGGGUGGCUUGGGCCAUGCAUACAAGGCUUGUCUUGCCGAGGUCGUGCGAAGAAGGCAUUCUUUCAAGCUGUAUACUGGCUUGGCUGGACAGCUUGCUGAAAAACUAGCAGCAGAGCGUGAAGUGGAGAUAAGGAGACGCGAGGUUUUCCUUCGUACAUGGCGUAAGUACAUUCGAGGAGAAAUCAUGGGUUCCAUGGGGCUGUUUGGUUCACCUAGCCAGUGUGAUGUAAACAUUGCACCGUUUGAUUGCGAUCUACUUCCAAUUGAUGUUGAUGAUCUGGAAAAGCUCGCCCCCCGGUCUUUAGUGGGGUCUCUUUCGAAACCUGAGAGGUCACAGCAACAUAAGUCUUCAUCAAGUGAUUCUAGUACCACUGGAAAUUUCACUAACGCCGAACAAAACAGUCUGAAUACUGAUGGCCAAAUGGAUUCCCAGGAUUUUUUUGGGGGCUGUGAUACUGUUGAUAUAACAGGGACUAGUGUAUUAGAAGUGGAGAACGCCAGAUUAAAAGCAGAGCUCGCUUCUGCAAUUGCAGUUCUCUGCACUUUUGGUGCUGAAUACGCACAUGAAUCUAUUGAUGAAGGGCAGAAUGAUAAUGUGUUGAGAAAUGCAAGAGAGAAAACAGCUCAGGCACUUUCCGCGAAGGAUGAAUAUGCCAACCAGCUUCAGUCAGUGUUGAAAGCAAAGCAGGAGCAGUGCUUGUCCUUUGAAAAGCGUAUACAGGAGCUUGAGGAACAAUUAGCGAAUCAGUACAUACACGGGCAAAUGGUUUCAGGAAGCAAAAGCGCAUCAGAUUUCCUUCUUUCUACAUUCAAAGGUAAUGACUGCAACCUGGAUGGAGGUAGGCAAACCCAUCUGCGUGACGAAUCAAGUGUGGCCAUGGAUGAGACAUCAUCAACAUCUGAACAGCCAUCUAAACAAACAGAAGGUGGUGAUGAGAAUAUGACUGACGUUUCAGGCGCACUGAACUUGCAAUUACUUAACUCAGCAGGAUGCGGUAAUCUGGAUGCUCCCAUGGCAGAAUUUUCACGUGAUAAUGAACAUAAGGUUGUCAAUAUUGAUAAGGAAGGGCAGAUGUUGACUCACCUCACUAUGGUGGAUACUUCGGAUAUUCCUGUAGAAGGUCCUCUUGGCAUCUUAAACUCCAAAACCAAUGAACAUCAUACUUUGGAGUUUAGGAAUAACGAGCUCUUUGUGUCAGAGUUGCAAAACACAAUAGAUAAAAAAUCAAAACAGUUGGAUGAGGCAGAAAGUAAACUUAGCUCUGUGAUGGGCGAAGUUAACUCUCUUAAGGAAGAACUUGAAAAUGCUCGUGUUCUACUUGACGAGUCUCAGAUUAAUUGUGCGCACCUGGAAAACUGCUUGCAUGAGGCAAGGGAAGAGGCUCGUACCAACAAAUGUUCCGCUGAUAGAAGGGCUGUUGAGUAUGAUGCUUUGAGGUCAUCUGCUCUGAGGAUACAUGGUCUGUUUGAAAGACUAAAUAAUUGUGUCACCGCACCGGGCAUGUCUGGCUUUGCAGACUCUCUGCGAACUUUAGCCCUCUCCUUAGCAAGUUCUGUAAAGAAGGAUGAAGCUGAUUCUACCACUCAGUUCCAGCAAUGCAUUAAGAUCCUUGCGGACAAGGUUAGUUUCCUGUCACGGCAGAGUGAGGAGCUGAUAGAACGCUACUCAAGGGUGGAAGCAGCACAUGGGAUUCUUAUAAAAGAGUUGGAGGAGAAGAAAACACUGGUCAACAAUCUAUAUAGUAAAUUUCAACUGGAAAAACAGGCCAGCAAGGAGAAGAUAUCGGUUGGGCAUUUCGACGUCCACGAGCUUGCGGUGUUUGUCCGGAACCCUGCUGGGCACUACGAGGCGAUCAACCGGAGCCGGUCGAACUACUACCUCUCCGAGGAGUCGGUGGCCCUGUUCACGGAGCCCCACCUUCCUCGGCAGCCCGCCUACAUAAUCGGCCAGAUCGUGCACAUUGAGCGGCGCGCGGUAAAGCACACCGACCAGAACGAAGCCUCGCCGCGCCCUGGCGGCCAUCGGCGGUCCGCGCUGAACAGCAACCCCUAUGGCCUGCCGGCAGGCCGCGAGUACUUCGUGGUGACGGUGGCGAUGCUGCCUGACACUGCUGCCACUGCUCGUUGA